UUGAAAUGGAUGACGAUCGUAACAACUCUUAUACAACUGCAGUGGAAAUGGCAACCUCAGAGGAUCCUCAAAUUUUAAUGAUUGUUAUUCAACAACCCAACGAGGAAAAGUACUCUGUCAUUAAAAAGAAGUGUUGCAUCGAUCGACCUGUAGCUUCACAAGUUGUUACUAUGAAAAUGAUAGCACCUACUUCAGAAAAAAGUGCAGGUUUAAUGUCAAUCGCUACUAAAGUUGUCAUACAAAUGAACGCCAAACUACGUGGUAUACCAUGGAUGAUUGAUCUACCACUCAAAGGUCUAAUGACAAUUGGAUUUGAUGUUUGUCAUUCUUCUAAGGAUAAGAAUACCUCAUAUAGCGCCCUUGUUGCCACAAUGGAUGUCCGCAGUUCAUCAAGAUAUUUUUCGGCUGUUAGUAAGCACCAAAAAUUUCAAGAGCUUUCAAAUGAUAUUAUACUGCAUUUCACAUUCGCUUUGAGAGCAUAUAGAAAUGAACACGGAUCUUUGCCUGAACGCAUUUUAUUUUAUCGUGAUGGUGUCGGCGAUGGUCAACUGCAUCAAGUAGUAAAUACUGAGCUUAACCAUUUACGAAUCAAGGCACAAGAAAUCUAUGAAGCGGCUGGAAAACAUGAAAUUGGACCACGUUUAGCUUUCAUAGUUGUUUCCAAACGUUUAAAUACUCGCUACUUUUUCAGCAAUAAUAAUCCACCACCAGGAACAGUCGUUGAUGAUGUUAUAACAUUGCCGGAACGCUAUGAUUUCUUCAUAGUUUCGCAAAGUGUGCGUCAGGGUACGGUUUCUCCUACGAGUUAUAAUGUAAUUUAUGAUACCAUGGGUCUCACACCAGAUCGUAUACAAAUGCUCACAUACAAAAUGACGCACAUGUACUAUAACUACACAGGUACCUGUCGUGUCCCGGCUGUUUGUCAGUAUGCGCAUAAGUUAGCUUAUUUAGUUGCUGAAAGCAUACAUUGUCCACCCUCUCAAUUACAUGAAAGAAAUUUAUACUUUUUGUAAAAGUAUCUUAAUUUUUAAUUUCUUUCACAUUUUAUUAUUUCACAUUUAAUUAG